GUUCAAGAAUGCAUAGCGAACUACCUCGAUGGAGGCUACAUGCGAUGUUUGUGGUGUCUGGGACAGAUGGUCGCCUUAGCUCUUACGAUAGUGACAUGCCUCUGUAUUGCUCGUCCACAUCCGUUGCUACUCUGGCCACAAUUGAUCAUUCAGAACUCCUACUGUUUCGGUCUGGUGAUUCUGACGAUCGCCACGGCCGACAAGCUGCUCGUCUCCAUCCUCCACCCGACCAAUCCACAUCUUAGUCUGCUAAUUCUCUAUUUUGGCAUAGGCACUUGUACAAACCACAUCUUCGACUACAUACUCUGGCAUUAUUACUGGCACGAGGAGUUCCAGUACAUCAGUCGGACUGGGAAGCAUGUGAUUCCUUUCUGGGUGUGA